AUGCUAUCCCAACGAUUCCCCAUCCCGGAGGAAUUCCAAGACCAACUCACCUUCUCCGAACCGCCAGACACGCGAGCAGAUGCGGACAUCCUCAAAUCUCUCACUGAAUAUCGACCCGUGACGGGCGAAAAGAACAUUUGGGCAUUCUGGCACUCGGGAGUAAACGCCAUGCCAAACUGGUGCAAGCGAAACAUCGCUUCCUGGGCACGCAUCUGCGGGCCAUCCUGGACAAUCCGCGUGCUGGACACGGUCCCAGGCUCUCCCAACCACGCACUGAAGUACAUCCCGGCGGAACUCUUACCGGAGAUCUUCGUACAAGGUACCAUGGAGGGUCCCUAUGUUGGCCCUCACAGUGCCGACUUCCUGCGCGGUGCCUGCCUGUACAUGUUCGGGGGCGUCUACAUGGACGUCGGCAUAAUCCUGAUCAGAUCGCUCGACCGGAUCUGCUGGUCGCAGUUGGAAGAUGAGACAUCUCCUCGCCAAAUCAGCGUGCCAUGGAUGUACGGCACAAUCAUGGCAAAUCAUUUCGUCGCGAGCCGUAAGGGUGACCCCUUCAUCAAGCGGUGGCAUGAGUUGUUCGUCCAUCUAUGGAAAGGACGCACCAGUUGCAAGGGCAUGAUUGCUAACCCAUUACUCGCGUUUGCUCUGAAUAACGACUUUUCCCAAUCGGUAGAACGUGGAUUCCGCUGGGAAUUCAAGGUUGAGCCGCAGGUGGUGUUUGAAUAUAUCGCGCAGGUUCUCGCUUGGCAGCGACUCUGCUUGCUUGAAGACGCAGGUGAUGGUUUCGGUGGCGCAGACUACGCGCGGGACCACAUUCUCUGGUUCGAUGUCCUCGAGGAGGACUGGGGAGCAGAGACUAUCGUCGGCUUCCGUGGACAGGAGAUGUUCGACGCUCUGGCGACUAGAUUGGAUGCGGAUCCAGAGUCAGAGGAAUACAAGACGGCAUACAAACUAGUCUGGAGGGUGCUUGCGCGGUCGAGUAUGCAGAAGAUCACGCAUGGGAAGAACCUCACCAAGACGCCUGCGCUGGGUCUUCUUUGGGACUCGGAAGAGAACAAGGAUAAAGACAUUGAGCCUGGUACUUUUGCUGAGCUUCUCCGGUACGGAACCGAACAUUUUGUUCAAACGCGGAAGGACAUCCUUUAUGUGCAGGUGGAGAAGCCGGACAAUACGAUGAAGAAAGGGGUUUUUGAGCCUUAA